AUGGAGAAGACAAAUUUGAAAUCUAAGGUUCAGAAUACCUCCGAAUUUUGGGUGAACAAGAGGUGUUCUAAUAAGUCAAGAAUGAGUUUGACAUCAGCCAUCACCCUUUUAAGGCUUCAGAUUGAUGAAUUGGUUAUGCAGGCAUUCAGAGUUAAACUGACAAAUAAGGAGAGAAAAGAGAUUGAAUCCUUUACCAGUGUCUUAUCUGACAUGCAUUCUUCUUUAAAUUUCAAGAAUAAGACAGCAGAACCCUUAUCCAGUAAAGCAAUAGCUGCAAAUGAAGAAAUAACCAAUUUUGUUGAGAGUCCCAAACAACCAGAAACUGGCUCCCUCGUCUCUCCUUCACCUCUUGUUUCUUGGCGUGCUGACUGCACUGUUGAAAGAGGAAAGCAAUUAUUUCUGCUCACACCACUUCCAAUAUCAAAAACUUUAUCUUCCAGGAGUCAAGGCACAUCUAGACCAGCAUUUGAAAGAAUUAAUGAUAUGGAUCCUCCAAAUACUACAAUUGGCCCACCUCCAUCACUGACUAUUUCUAAAAACAAGAAUGAUGAUUUGCUGGAAAAAUUAGAGUUGAAGCCAACACCAAAUAAAUAUCCUCGUUCUCCUGUUACCCAGAUGGAAGGUACACUUGGAUGUGGGCUAAUUACUGCAUCAAGAUUUUUGAAGAAAGACCACUCUAUGUUUCUAAUGACCCCGUGCUUAAAAAUGUCACCUCCAAAAUCUUGUUUGUUGCUUGAACCAAUCUCUGAAUCCUCUCACCGAGUCAAUGAUGAGUUUCCUAAAUCAACCUCUUUUGUGGUUGGAAUUGAAAAUUGUGGUGACUAG